CACCGUGGGUUGGAGCCUUUUCGCUAAAGCAGGGAAGCCACUCUGGGCCACAAGACGGCUGUCCCAUGCUUUGCUGAACACGGUGCCAUGCCUCUGCAACUCCUCCUGCUGCUGAUCCUAGUGGGCCAUGGCAGCAGUUUCCAGCUGCAGGACACCUGGGAGGAUGGAGCCAAGGAAGCCCCAGGCCCCUUGCUUGCCCGGGACCGGAGACAGGUGGCCAUGGAUGAAGACUGGGAUGAGGACUAUGACCAGUCCACAGACCCUCCAGAAAUGCUUGAAAAUUACACCUUGGUUGAGAUGGGAAAUUUGGGACAGAGAGGUUCUGCAGGGCCUGGAACCCCUGAGCCAGUCUCUGUGGAGGCUGCCACAAGAGACUCUGCUGCCCCAAACACAGGAGGGGCAGCCACGGGCAAUCUAAGCACAGAACUGGCCGCACAGUGGAUUCCAGUCACACUGGACCCUCUGGUCACAGAGCUGGUUGCUGUAAUCAUUCCCAUCACAAAGGCUCCAUCCAACCAGGGGGCUCUAUCCAUAGAGCUGACCACCACGGAUGCCCUGUCCAUGGGUCCAGCAGCCACAGAGACACAGACCACUCAACCAGCAGCCACGGAUGCCCUGUCCAUGGGUCCAGUGGCCACAGAGGCACAGACCACUCAACCAGCAGCCACAGAGGCACAGACCACUCAGCCAGCAGCCAUGGAGGCCCCGUCCAUGGGUCCAGUGGCCACAGAGGCACAGACCAGUCAACCAGCAGCCACAGAGGCACAGACCACUCAGCCAGCAGCCAUGGAGGCCCCGUCCAUGGGUCCAGUGGCCACAGAGGCACAGACCAGUCAACCAGCAGCCACAGAGGCACAGACCACUCAGCCAGCAGCCAUGGAGGCACAGACCACUCAACCAGCAGCCACGGAUGCCCUGUCCAUGGGUCCAGUGGCCACAGAGGCACAGACCACUCAACCAGCAGCCACAGAGGCACAGACCACUCAACCAGCAGCCACAGAGGCACAGACCACUCAACCAGCAGCCACCCAGGCCCUGUCCAUGGAGCCCACUUCCAUGAGAGAUCUGGCCACAACCUUUCUUGUGCCCUCGGUUACUCACAAGGGUACCACUGUGGCACCCAGCACUUUCUCUGUGGCCUCCAGCCCCACAGAAGCCCUGGACUGCAUCCCUGUGAAGCAGUGCCUGCUGGCUAUCCUCAUCCUGGCCCUGGUGGCCACUGUAUUCCUCGUGUGCACUGUGGUGCUGGCUGUCCGCCUCUCCCGCAAGACCCACAUGUACCCCGUGCGCAAUUACUCCCCCACCGAGAUGGUCUGCAUCUCGUCCCUGCUCCCUGACAGGGGUGAUGGGCCCCCCACCAUGGCCAACGGGACCCUGCCCAAGGCCAAGAGCCAGGGCCUAAUGGCGGAGCCCAGUGAGGACCACGAUGGAGACGACCUCACCCUGCACAGCUUCCUCCCUUAGCUCCCUCUGUCUGUUUGCCUCAGCAGGACCCUGGCCUCCUCACCCCGUCUGAGGUCCACCCGGGUCCCCUCUGAGCACCUAGACCUCUAUCCCACAGGUAUGGGCUUCCUUGAAACCCCCUGAGGAAAGGUCCAUGGCAGCCUCAAACAGCAUCAAGAGCAGCCAAGGUCCUGCCACGAGUGGAACCAUCUCCUUCUCCUGCCUCGAGUGGAGCCCGGCCACCGACAGGCCAAGGACCAUGGGCAGGCAACCAUUUUGCCCAGAGGGAUCCUGUCCUGCUCCCUGUCCCCCAUCUGUUCUGGGUCCCCUCUAAUGCCUCCCGCUUCUGUCCUCCUUCCUCUGAUACCAUGGGAGUCUCAACCCCACGUCCUGAGGAGGAUUGAGUUCCCCUACCCCCCUUCUACUGCCAUUUACUUCUGAUUGCCACGGUCACCAAACAGGAAGGAGGCGACGGAUUCCUGAGGCCGUUACCUGUGGCUACUCUGAUUUGGGCAGCUUGAUUUUUCUUGGGCACUUCUCUGGGGAACCAGGGUGAGGACUCCACCCAUGAGGGCUGUGGUGGGUUUGGAGAGCCCAAGGGUAGACCCUUCUUUGGGACUGUGUGGACCAAUGAGCUUCCAUGUGGUGACUCAGUAACCACCAUCCUGCCCUCCCUGGCCUUCCCGUGUGGCCACGCUUCAGAGUGGGCUCUGUGCCAUUCACCACAGUACCCCACUGCCCAGCCCAGGGCCUGGCACAGCACAGGCACUCAAUAAAAGUGUGAUGAACAGAUGGUGAAUCCUCAGAGGUA